GACGUAUCGUAUGAUUGCAAAUCAUUUGACGUAUUAUUUUAUUUAUUCGCGAUUGAUUCCGAUCUACCAAAAUAUAGGAAUUGCAAACUUUAUUGAAGAAUUAAUAGUGUAUGACUGCAGUGAUAUAAAUUUUAUUGUGUGUCGGAUAUUUUAUGAUUGCUGUUUUGCGCUAAGUCAUGGCAAAAACCAAAGUUACAGGAGCGACCAGCAGACUAAAGCAGGAUUACCUUAGGCUUAAAAAUGACCCCGUUCCGUAUGUGACGGCUGAACCAGUGCCGUCUAACAUUUUAGAAUGGCAUUACGUAGUCAAAGGACCAGAAAAGAGCCCCUACGAAGGCGGUUACUAUCAUGGCAAGAUCAUAUUUCCAAGGGAGUUUCCGUUCAAACCGCCAUCAAUUUAUAUGAUUACGCCAAAUGGUCGUUUUAAGACAAAUACUCGACUGUGCCUUAGCAUCACCGACUUUCAUCCUGACACAUGGAACCCAGCAUGGUCAAUAUCUACCAUCCUAACUGGUUUACUGAGUUUCAUGUUAGAGAAGACACCAACUCUGGGCUCUGUUGAGACAUCGGAUUUCCAAAAGCGUUGCUUAGCGGCGGAAUCCUUGGAGACAAAUAUAAAAAACAAAAUGUUUUGUGAGUUGUUCCCGGAGUAUGUCCAGGAGAUUGAGCAGCAGCUGAAGCUACGGCAGGAGGCUAUGCUUCAGGCUGACAACAGCAACACGAGUGAGGGUGAAGUGAUUACCGAGCAGCAGUCAAAUAUGUACUAUUUUUUGACUAAUUUAUUUGUGCUCUUAGGCUUUGUUUUUCUUGCAUACAUGGUCAAAUAUGUCUUACUCUCCAUAUCCAAUGACUAGGCAUUAGUUAUGCUGUAUUUUUAUUAAUGUAAAUAUUGUAAUUUAUUUUGUAAAUACAUUUAUUCCAUUAGAGGCAAAUUUUGAAGUUUAUAAUUAAAUGACAAAUUGUGCUAAGCAUACAGGAUUAUUGAAGCAGUAAUGAAUGCAUUGAUUCAAUUAAUUAAUUAUGAAUUGAAAUUAUUGACGGAUCAGUGGCGGUUCUGACAUUGGAUGAAAUAGCAUGCCUGCUUCAGUGGUUUCUUUAACAUUGUAUAGUUACCAGUCAUCCAACCAGAUUUAUGGGACUCUGCCCCAGUCUUAAUUCACAUAAAAAUUAAAUUCCAUUAGAGAAGCAGUUUCAUAUAAUAAUUAGUACCAAAGUGCUAUUUCACAUUUUUGAUAUUUUAGAAAUGACUAGCUGUAACAGAAAUUAACCAUUAAGUACUCAUAUUAUACAUAUGUUAUGUGGUUAUGCACUUUUCACCAUUACAUACAUAUUAUGAAGUAUAUUCACACAUUUAUAGUGUUUAUAGAUAUUCUUUGUGAUGAAUAGCUAGGUAGUGUGUUUUAAAUUAGACAAAAGUGUAGAAUAAUGUGAUAUAGUUUUUCACCCUUGCAAGUAUUCUCAAUCAAUUUAAAAUUGCAAAUUAGCUUUUAAUAUAAUAAUUGAUGUGAGAGAAAUUUAGCAAGUUUACUAAAGUAAGAAAAUAAAACAUGUAGUAAGUAAUCUCAAUUAACAUUUGUAUUACUGCCAGUUCAGAUAAAUGAUGAUUAGGCAACCAUACUAUUCCAAUUAUGAAUAAGAUUAUUAAUGUCCAGUUUGGUACUAUGUAGUAAAGAUUCUUCUUAAUUUGGGCUGUACCAAGUUUAAUUCUUUUUGUUGCUCUCAUUCUACAAAUCUUUCAAUUCUAUGACUUCUAUUUUGCUGCAUUUAAAUUGUGUUGUCCCUAUCACUAUGUUACUUUACAUUUAAAUACAACAGGACAUUUUAUUCCUUAAAAUAUUAAAUAGAAACAUGUUUGGUUUACAUUAUAGCACUAGAGUUGUUUUGCAAUUUGUACGAUAAUCAUAAUGUCACUAAGUCAAAGCAGCUUUUAUAUUUUCAACUAUUUCAUGUGACAUUCAUAUUGCAAUUUUAUUGAAUGUGUAUUGUGUAAUAUUGUUUAUUGUCUUGUUAAAAUAAUAAAAGUACUUAAAUGAAUUCCAUGCUGUGUUGAAAUACUAUUCUGGCCUUCCUAUAAUAUUAAUUUACUAUAUGUAUUUUUCCCAAUCGGUUAGCUAUAUUUUCAGCUUUUUAAAUCCUAGAAAUCGAAAUGUUUAAACUACAUGAAUAAGGCCAAUAUAUAUUUUGCCAUGCAAUGUUGCACAUAAAUGAAUUUAUGUGGAUUGUAAUCAUUGUACUAUUGAUUUUAGCAACAGCAAAUUGUUUAAAAUCUAGUAAAACAUAUUUUUCUAUGAAA